AUGAAGCCUGGCUGCCUGUGCCCUGCCCCUGUCAUCAUCACGGCCGCCACACCUGCACUCGCAUGUUUCUCUGAAAGCGGGACGAGAAACGGCUCUGCAGCACUCAGAUCAUUCGGAUCCUUGCGGCUCCGCCAUGGCGCAGAAAGGAUUCAAAUGAAGGACAACCACCAAGGCUUGAUAGAAGCCUUUCCAAGCUCCCUAUCCCACCCUAGCAAAAGCUCUCGCCUCAGCUUAUCAUCACCCACCCGUCCCUCGCUUGCUCUUUGCCAGAACACGCACGAGUCUCUCUCAGCCACUCGCUUUCUGCACCUAUCCAAGACGACGACGCAGACACACACCUGCACCCAAUCUGAGACCAUGGUUGCAACACCCCUCAUCUAUCUCGGCGCUGCUGUCGCUCUGGCAGGUUAUGUCUCUGCCUCUACCUUUGACAGAGAGCUUGCCGUCCGCACUUUCCGAUUUCCUGAUGCUGUUCCCAUGGACAAGCGUCAGGCUUCUGGUGGUCAGUAUCAAUGUCACGCUGACUGCGGCGGCACUAUCAACGGUGCUAAAGACGGUGACCACUGCAGCGACAAUGCCUGGCGGGACCUCCUCGAUACCUGCCUUAUCUGCGUCGAUACUUACCCUAUCUGGCAGUAUUAUGGAGAGAGUGUCUCCGAAGCUGCUGCGGCCUGCGGCUUAACGGUUGAGCCUGGAACUCCCGCCAGGCCCUCUGAGGGCGGAGAAGAAGAGGAGGAGACUCCUGAGCCUUCUGCCGAGCCGGAGCCCACUUCCCCACCCACCGCUGCACCUGAAGCCUCCUCUGAGCCUGAACCCACCCCCUCUACUUUGUCAGAAGACGCCGAGCGAACAGUUGCUCCCACUCGCGCUAGCAAUGAGACCCUGUCUGAGCCCUCCCACAUUGGGACCAACGCCGGUGUUCGUCUCUCUGGUACCGGCUCGGUCGUUGGACUUUCGCUCUUCCAUCCCGACCCAUGCUCGGAAUCCGAGUGUGUCCUGCUUGCUCGGUGUCUGUCGAGCACCGUGACCCAUUCAAGCGAGAUUCUUAGUAACCAGUGGAUGCUGCCAGUUGCAUCAUCGUGCCACGGUUGUCACCUCAUGGGCCUGAAUACUCAACCACGUCCCCUUGCUCCGAAGAAAAGCAACCCAUUGUACCCCCAUAUACAAGUCAGGGAUGCGAUAGCUUUCGCCUUUUCACCAUCCGCUCACACACAAGCUCAAAAUUUCACCUCCGACGCCCUCCUUAAUAGGCCAAGUCUGAAGUCUCGAUGUUUCAGCCAGACCAGGCACGAGCCUCAGGGGCUCAAAGACUCAAAGAAAUCCAACUCGCGAGUGCAAGCCUUCGUUUCCGCCCAUUUGAGGAUUGAAAGCCGAAGUACAGCUGAAACUACCACCGAGCACAGACGUAAUGGUUCAGAGGAAUCAUACCGAACAGAGCCCAAUAACGAUGUCUCAAGCAUCGUUAAAGAAAAUCAUCAUCCUCAACAACUACGCCAGAUCCGUCUGUAUCUCUACGAUGCGGAUGCCGAAGAGAGUGCAUGGACCAACGAACCCAAAGACCCAUACGAUACUAUCCCUUCACUAGGGCUAGUGAGAAUCAUGCUGCUCGACUACAUCGUGGACAACGAGUUGCCCUUCCCGAUGCUCUUCAACAUCACCCCGUUCACGAACGGGGCAUGCAACCGACUGUUCAAGGUGGAGUUCCCCGAGGGCAAGGAGAUGCCCGAAGGUCUCCCCAGGGUGAUGAUUCUCCGGUUCACAGCGCCUAUAGACCCCUUUUAUCAGACCGAGUCGGAGGUGUCAACCAUGUGGUGGCUCGCGAGUAAGGGGGGAGUACCGGUACCGCAGGUCUUCUACUUCGACUCGACGGCAAAGAACGCGACCAACUUGGAAUGGACCCUCAUGGAGUACGUCGAGGGAGAUACCCUUCGGGACCUCACGGAGAAAAUGAAUCCUCCUCUUGCGAACGACAAGAAGAUGGCCAUCGGUGCCGAGAUCAGCCAACACUUGGAACACGUCCGGGACCUUCGCUUCGAUAAGAUUGGCAGCCUGUACUGCGACUGGGACACGGGAGAUUUCCACGUGGGUCCCCUUGUGGACUUUGAGUACUUCGAAGGUAGGCGUCUCGACUUCCCGGCCCUGCGAGGUCCUUUCGACAGCAUCUCCGAGUACUUCAAAUCCUUGAUGGAGAUCCAGCAGAUGGAGGCCAUCCAAGAGCUCGAAAAUGACCGGAAACAGCUGCAAAAGCAGUUGGGUCUGGAGUCGUGGGAGGCAGUUGUCGCAUAUGCGAAGACGCACCCAGAGAUCAAACUCCCCGUGUCCGUAAGGCAGAUGGUGGAGCGGGCCGAGGCCAUCAAUGACCGCCUGAUGCCCAAGCUCCUGGCCUACUUGCAACGCCUCCCCACCUCGGAGAACGGUGAUGGGAAGGCAGAAGACCAGCUCGGCCCGGUAGAUGGUUGGCACACGGAGCUGAUGCACCCCGAUUUGCACAUGGGGAACGUGCUGGUAGCGGGCAGGCAGCGCCUGCAAAGCAUUGUCGACUGGGACUGGACGACUCUUAUGCCCCCUCCACUCGUCGUCUGGGUGCCCUACCUGGACAGUUACUUCCAAGGCCACAAGCGGAGCAAGCGAGUGCCCAACGCCACGGCUCUGCAACUCCGUGAGAUUUUGUCUCCCCAGGGGCUUGAGUGGACUCAAACCGACAUUCAUAAAUCCAUCAUUGUGUCCGAGACUUUCAGCCCACCGGAAAGAUACACAACGCCCAAGGCCCUGGCUUUACGGGCCGUCGGGGAGGUGGUCAAGAACGCGUCUCGCCUGAAUGAUGAGCAAGCGGCCUGGUUGAGCAACGCCAUCAAAUUCCUAGACGAGGAAGAGCAAGUCAACAUCAAGGAGACCAUCGUGCAAAAUAUGGUGGCCAAGUAG